CCGCAGAGCAUAAAUUCUCAAUUCAAUUCGAAAGACGGUGCCGUAUUGCGAGACAGGGAAGACGCAGAGCACCGAAGACGUAGAUCUAAACAAUGGGAUCCGGAUUUAUUACCGGACUUACGGUCAUGGACCUACUAAAGUUCUCUUAAUCAUAGGAUUGGUGGGGACACACGACUCAUGGGGCCCGCGAAUCAAGGGAUUGGCCGGAACCGAUAGGCCCAACGACGAUGAAGCCACGGCGAUUGAUAUGGAAUCCGACGGAGCUCACAAUGAGGUCGGUGGCAUCGAGGUUUGUUCCUUUGAUAAUCGUGGGAUGGGCCGGAGCUCCGUUCCCACCAAAAAAUCAGACUAUACGACGAGAAUUAUGGCAAAAGAUGCAAUUGCCUUAUUGGAUCAUCUGGGCUGGAAGAGAUCCCAUGUUUUUGGACAUUCUAUGGGAGCUAUGAUUGCUUUUAAGAUGGCGGCAUUGGUGCCUGAUAGAGUUCUUUCUUUGGCAUUACUUAAUGUAACGGGUGGAGGUUUUGAAUGUCUCCCAAAGCUUGACCGGAAAUCUAUAUUCAUUGCAAUUCGAUUUUUAAAGGCAAAAACUCCUGAGCAAAGAGCAGCAGUGGACUUAGACACGCACUACUCAGAAGAAUUUCUUGAGGAGGUCAUUGGUUCUAACACUAGAAGAGCAAUUUUGUAUCAAGAUUAUGUAAAAGGCAUAACAGCAAGUGGCAUGCAAUCUAACUAUGGGUUUGAAGGUCAACUCAAUGCAUGCUGGAGACAUAAAAUGACCCAAGCAGAAAUUGAUUUAAUCCGUUCGGGUGGAUUUCUUGUAUCAGUCAUACAUGGCAGGCAAGAUGUCAUUGCCCAAAUAAAUCAUGCAAGGAGGCUUGCCCAGAAGCUGCAACCUGUUGCUAGAAUGUUAGAGUUUCAUGGGGGACAUCUGGUAGCUCAUGAGAGAACAGAAGAGGUUAAUCAAGCUCUUCUCGACUUGGUAAAGGCAUCGGAAAUGAAGAUGAGCCCGCAUGACUGGAACAAUUUCCCCAAGAAAAGUUCCGAAGCGUCAAGCACAACAAGCGUAGAACGGGAAACCAACAGAAUCUUGGCAAAGAUUCUCGUUUACAUAUUAUAUAUAUUCAGUCUAUUUAUGAUGGCAUUGAAGUAUGCAAGAAGUGCUUUACAGAGGCUAAAACCAACUAGAGUUGAAGCUUCUACCCAAAAAUAGUCCCAUUUUGUGAACUGGGUUUCAUAAAUUUGUCACCACUAUGACACUACCCCCCAUCUACGUGGUAUGUUAU